GUCCAGCUGAAGGCACAUUCUGACCUGAACACAUCACCGUCUGCCUUCUCUGCCAUCACCGAAAUGGACAACAUGACCACUGACUACAGCCAAGACGACUACGACGAGACGGUAAACAACACCAUGUGUGAUUUCGACGAGUGGGAGCCGUCCUAUUCGCUGAUUCCCGUGCUCUACAUGCUCAUCUUCAUCCUGGGCCUCACCGGGAAUGGAGUGGUCAUCUUCACCGUGUGGCGGGCUCAGUCCAAGCGGAGGGCCGCGGACGUCUACAUCGGAAACCUGGCCCUCGCUGACCUGACCUUCGUGGUGACCCUGCCUCUGUGGGCUGUCUACACCGCCCUGGGCUACCACUGGCCCUUCGGCGUGGCCCUGUGCAAGAUCAGCAGCUACGUGGUGCUGCUCAACAUGUACGCCAGCGUCUUCUGCCUCACCUGCCUGAGCCUGGACCGCUACAUGGCCAUCGUCCACUCGCUGACCAGCACGCAGCUGCGGACCCGGGGACACAUGCGGGCCUCGCUGGCCACCAUCUGGCUCCUCUCGGGGGUCCUGGCCGGCCCCACGCUGCUGUUCCGCACCACCGUGUACGACGCCGAGACCAACCGCACCUCCUGCGCCAUGGACUUCAGCCUGGUGGUGAGCACGCCAGGCCAGGAGACCUUCUGGAUCGCCGGCCUCAGCAUCUCCUCCACGGCUCUGGGCUUCCUGAUCCCGCUCCUGGCCAUGAUGGUGUGCUACGGCUUCAUCGGCUGCACCGUCACGCGCCACUUCAACAGCCUGCGCAAGGAGGACCAGCGCAAGCGCCGCCUGCUCAAGAUCAUCACCACGCUGGUGGUGGUGUUCGCCGCCUGCUGGAUGCCCUUCCACGUGGUGAAGACCAUGGACGCCCUGUCGUACCUGAACCUGGCUCCCGACUCCUGCACCUUCCUGAACCUGCUGCUCCUGGCGCAUCCCUACGCCACCUGCCUGGCGUACGUCAACAGCUGCCUGAACCCGCUCCUCUACGCCUUCUUCGACCUGCGCUUCCGCUCGCAGUGCCUCUGCCUGCUCAACCUGAAGAAAGCCCUCCACGCCAGCCCUGCCUCCUCUCUCUCUUCACAGAAGACCGAGGCCCAGUCGCUGGCUACCAAGGUGUGAGGAGGCCUGCUAGAUCCUUCACCAGCAGACUCUCCUUUUGUAUCUGACUGCGGGAACGCGAGGAAGCGGCUUCCCCUGUCCAGGGACUAUACGUUGGUACUCUGCAAAGUUUCUGAGGAACUUAAAGCAGAGCGGAGCAGACCCGAGCCGGACAGAGCCGGGCAGAACGAGCCAGGGCUUUUCUGCUUUUCUCUUUGGACUUGCACAGAGACGAUGGCGUUCGAGAGCAAUUUAUGGACUUGUAUAAACUGUAUUUAACCGUGCUCUUUGCCACCUUGUUUUUCUCGGUUGCUUGUUUAUAUUUCGUCCUGUUAGCACUUGUUGAUAAGAACCCCGGCGGUCAGUCGGUCUUAUCUAAACCGUCAAGACAGGGGAGGGAGGGAUGGGUGCCUUACUCCAGGAGAAGUGUUGGGGCUUGAUUAAAGACUUUCGGGGGGAGGUGGGUGAGACGAAAACACGAGGGGGGUGAGCUCAGACGGACAGAUGGCAGUUGACAAAUGUUGUCGGGGAAAAGGGACGUCCAAUUACUAGGUGGCAGCUUCGACAGAUGAGAUACCGUGUGAGUGUGAGCUAAUGAAAUGUGUGAAUUUUUUUUUUACUUUGGCAUAACCUCGUGGGGAAAUAAAAAAAACGAAAUGUUCUGCUGUAUGAUGAUUUUAUGCAGUACUCUGUGAAUAAAACCUGUGUAAUGAA